AUGGCGAUAAUUGAACCUGCGGCCCCGUCUGCGGGAUAUACGGGGAAUCAGGCCCCAAUCUCAGAGAAGGGUCGUGCGGUCCGGACGUUGGUGGAGACCAAUUUACUAGAUGAUCGUUAUGAGACCACGCAGCGUGGCUUGAAGAACCGCCAUGUUCAACUGAUGGCAUUGGGCGGCACGAUUGGAACAGGUCUCUUCGUCUCUUCAGGUCAAUCGCUGGCUAUCGGUGGCCCAGCCUCGCUGCUGAUAGGAUAUCUCUUCAUUUCCGCCAUGGUUUAUGCUUUGGUCACGGCGAUAGCGGAGAUCGGAGCAUACCUCCCCGUCCACGGUGGCACUAUGAGCUACCAUGGGUUCCGAUACGUGUCGCGGAGCAUGGGUUUUGCGAUGGGAUAUCUCUACUGGUAUUCACUGGGCAUUCUGGUCCCCUACGAGAUCACCGCCGCCGGCCUGGUCAUCGGGUACUGGGAUCAGAGCGGAUCCAUCAAUAUUGCGGUGUGGAUCUCCAUCAUGAUGGUGGUCAUCAUCGCGCUCAACUUCCUACCCGUGCGGUUCUAUGGCGAGUCAGAGUUCUGGUUCUCUGGUAUCAAGAUCAUCACCCUAAUAGGUCUGCUCAUGGUGGCAUUUAUUCUCUUCUGGGGUGGCGGUCCGAAUCGUCAGUUACUGGGAUUCCAUUACUGGAAACAUCCAGGUUCAUUUAACGAGUACAUCGUGACAGGCGACACGGGUCGUUUUGUGGGCCUGUUGAAGUGCACCGUGUCUAGCGCUAUCGCCUUCAUCUUUGCGCCUGAGCUGAUCAUUAUCAGUGGUGGAGAGAUGGAGUCGCCGCGUCGGAAUGUCCCUCGUGCGGCGCGCAGAUAUAUCUAUCGGCUGGUAUUUUUCUACAUCUUCGGUGUUUUGGCCAUUGGUGUCAUUUGCCCCUCAGAUGCUGCGCGGCUCACUCAAGGCGAUGGCACUGUGAAAUCGUCCCCGUUCGUCGUUGGCAUUCAGAAUGCAGGCAUCCCCGUUUUAGACCACAUUGUUAAUGCGGCAGUGUUGACCUCGGCCUGGUCGGCUGGCAAUUCGUUUCUCUACAUGUCAUCGCGGUCACUGUACUCCCUCGCCAUGUCCGGCAAUGCGCCGAGUAUCUUCAAAGCUUGCAAUCGCUGGGGUGUGCCAUACUACGCCGUGGCGGUGUCGGCCUGUUUCUCGGCUUUGGCGUACCUGUCCGUUGGCAAUUCCAGCUCGAUCGUCUUCAACUGGUUUGUCAAUUUCACCAACACGUCGGGCUUCAUCUCCUGGAUCUGUUGCUGCGUGGUAUUCUUUCGAUUUCGCAAGGCUGUUCAAGCCCAAGGCAUCGAGCAACCUUAUAAAUCUCGACUGCAGCCGUACGGAGCGAUCUUCGGCCUGGCCGGAUCCACCCUGAUGAUGUUAAUUAACGGCUUUACUGUCUUCUUCCCGUCGGAGUGGUCCGUCAGCAACUUCUUCACCGCUUAUAUCGGCAUCCCGGCCUUCCUCAUUCUUUACUUUGGUCAUCGUGCUCUGUACUGGAGCGAUCCCUGGGCCUGGCGCCCGGAGGAGGUGGACAUGCACACCGGUUUGCAGGAGAUCGUCGACGCGGAGCUCCCCGAAAGACCGCGUGGCCCAUGGUGGAAUUUCUGGUAA